UCCCCACAUUCUUUGUCUGCCAGAAGCUUGCGUGUGGGGUUUGAGAACUAGCCAUACUCAUACUCGCCUGGUACGAACAGCAAAUUGCAGUCUUGUACCGCCUCCCUUCCCCGAUACACCCCCUGUCGCAGACCAUCAUGGCAAGCGAUCAGAGUAAGAAGCCAGCCGUGCUGAUUGUUGGAGGACUCGGAUUCAUCGGCCGUCACCUGGCGCUUUACCUGCAUGAGAAUAACUUGGCCUCGGAAGUCAGACUCAUUGACAAGGUCCUUCCUCAACUUGCUUGGUUAGCCCCUGAAUUUGAGGAGGCCUGCUCCAAAGAUAAGUUCGUUCAGGCGGAUGCUAGUCGGGAACAGCAUUUUCCGCGUAUCUUCGAUCGGGCCAACGGCGAACAAUUUGACUAUGUGAUCAACUGCGGAGGUGAGACAAGGCACUCACAACCCGACGAUGUAUAUGAACUUCGCAACUACAACCUCACUGUGGCCUUGGCUCGUGAAGUGGCUCGCCGAGGGAUCCGUUCUUAUGUCGAGUGUUCUACCGCCCAUGUUUACAAAUCCGGAUCGUCGCCACGGAAAGAGGACGACAAGCUUCAGCCGUGGCAUAAGCUGGCAAAGUGGAAGAUGAAGGCUAGUGAUGAAAUCAGCAAAAUUCCGGGUCUCAACUACUGUUUGCUGCGCCUGCCCCAUGUCUAUGGAGAAUAUUGCUCGGGCUUCUUCGCUACGGGAGUGUGCCUCGCUCGAGUUCACCUUGCAAUGGAGAAGAAUCUAGAGCUUCUUUACACCGGAGACGUUAAGAUUAACACCCUUUACGUCAAAGAUGCAGCUAGUGCCCUGUGGAAGGCCGCCGAGUGGAGGGCAACUGCUCCAACAGACGGUUCCGCCCCUCUUGCGUUCAACGUGGUUGACCACGGUGAUACUCGUCAGCAGGAUAUUGCCGAUGCUCUAUCUACUGUAUUCGACGUUAAGUGCACAUUCUUGGGCUCUUUGGCGUCGCAAUUUGCGAAGCUCAACCUAGACGAUGUGAUAGACGACAUGAAUGAGGAAUGCCUGCAGGUCUGGGCGGAAUUGGUGGAGCAGAAAAAGAUUGAGCGUCCAGGCCCUAUCAGCCCGUUCCUUGAAAGAGAUGUUUUUAAGGACCAAGACAUGUCUCUUGACGGCACACUUUUCGAGAAGACAACGGGCUGGAAACCCUCUCGGGAGCGCUUCAACGCGGACGGUGUACGGGACAUGGUGGAGAGUUAUAAACGAAUGGGCUGGUGGCCAUAGACGGACCCCGCUUUAUGGAACGCUUUUGUUUUCUCGACACCUCCCCUACUAAUCUCGACCAAAGUUGGCCCAAAGUCACAAAAGUAUGAUGGCCUUCAAUAAUGACGACCCAUUCACGACCGCUGUUGUA